GGGGUGCGGGGCAUAGGGUGAAGAGAGCAAACAGGCGCUGGCAGCCCAGAGAUUCUCGACUUCCCCUUCUUCCUGCAGAAGGCGGCGGGAAGGCAGCCAGACAGCAGCACGGCACAGAUCAGCCGCUCUGGGCCUCUCCCUGCCCCACUCCCCAGAGGUUCUGUCCUUAUCCCCGGAACUAGUGACAUCCCUGGAGCAGCAAGCUACUCAGCCACCCAGCCAUCUUUAGGAGGCUGCAGUGCACCACGGGAGAGCGCUUGAGGUGAGUUUGCGUCUCAGCCUGACCACUGGCCUCCUGAAGAACCCCAGACAACCUUGUGCGGUACUCAGUUUCCCCACGGUCAGCUGGAACCAUCUUGGGAGUCAGGGCGGGAGCUGGUUCUUGGAGGAGACAGAGCACAGGACAUGGAUCACCAUGGGGUCCUUUUCCUCUGCCUGUGCCUCGUGACUUCUCAGAGCAGGACAGUGGAGGCGUCUGAAGAAACCCUGCUCUGGAUGAAGAGAAUGGAGACGGCGACCAGGAGCCGGAGCUUGACUUCUUUUGCUGAGCUCAUCCAUGGCCUGGAGUGUAGGCUGCUCAACGCCAGCUUCGGGGGCCACAACCUCACUUUGCAGACGAACACCAUCCAGACACUGGCCUUCAAGCUGGGCUGCGACUUCACUGGCCUCUCACUGAGCAGUGCUGCUCUGGGGCGGGUCCCCCAGGCCCCAGCCCAGCACGCCAUGCAGUUCCCAGCGGAGCUGACCAGAGAUGCCUGCAGGACCCACCAGAGGGAGCUGCGUCUCAUCUGCAUCUACUUCUCCACUACCCACUUUUUCCAGGAUGGACCAAGCAGGGUGGGAGCUGGCCCCUUCCUGAGGGCAUCACAGAAAGACAUCAACUCAUCUCUGCUCAAUAACUAUGUCCUGGGGGCCCAGCUGGGCCAUGGACAUGUGCACAACCUCAGUGAGCCAGUGAACAUCAGCUUCUGGCACAACCAAAGCCUGGAAGGCUACAUGGUGACUUGUGUCUUCUGGAAGGAGGGAGCCAGCAAACAGCACUGGGGGGUCUGGAGCCCUGAGGGCUGUCGCACAGAGCAGCCCUCACCUUCCCAGGUGCUCUGCCGCUGCACCCACCUCACCUACUUUGCUGUUCUCAUGCAACUCUCUCCGGCCCCAGUCCCUGCAGAGUUGUUGGCGCCUCUCACGUACAUCUCCCUGGUGGGCUGCAGCAUCUCCAUCGUGGCCUCACUGCUCACUGUCCUGCUGCACUUCUAUGCCAGGAGGCAGAGUGACUCCAUAACACGCAUCCACAUGAACCUGCACGCCUCUGUGCUGUUCCUCAAUGUCGCCUUCCUGCUGAGCCCAGUGCUGGCCAUGCCCCCCGUGCCCGGGUCAGCAUGCACGGCCCUGGCUGCCAUCCUGCACUACUCACUGCUCAGCUGCCUCACCUGGAUGGCCAUUGAAGGCUUCAACCUCUACCUCCUACUUGGGCGUGUCUACAACGUCUACAUCCGCCGAUACGUGCUCAAGCUCUGUGCCGUGGGCUGGGAUGCUGGGUACGGAACCCUGGGGUGCACAGUGUCCUGGUCAUGGGCUAUGGUGGCCUCACGUCCCUUUUCAACCUGGUGGUGCUGGCCUGGGCGCUGCGGGUCCUGCACAAACUGCGGGCAAAGGAGAAGGCGCCAGGCCCUCGGGCCUGCCGGGACACCGUCACCGUGCUGGGCCUCACCGUGCUCCUGGGCACCACCUGGGCCUUGGCCUUCUUCUCCUUUGGCGUCUUCCUGCUGCCCCAGCUCUUCCUCUUCACCAUCUUCAACUCGCUCUACGGUUUCUUCCUUUUCCUAUGGUUCUGCUCCCAGAGGUGCCGCUCAGAGGCAGAGGCGGAGGCGGAGAUGGAGGCAUUCAGUUCCUCCCAUACGAUGCAGUAGUCUGGACUGUCUGAGCCUCCUGGUCCAGAACCCCCAGCCUAUCUGGCUGCCUGCAGCCCGAGACCCUGGCUUCUACCAGAGAAGAUGGCAGGCCAGCUGCUGGACACCAGAGACCACUGUGCCCUCCAGGGGUGCUUUUGCACCUCCAUAACUCCCCAGGCCCAGGGGGCAGGGUGUUGCUCUGCUUCCCCUAGCAUUCUGCUCUGAGGCAGGUCCAACCCCACGUUGGGGCAGCAAACUUUCUCCUGGUGCCUGGGCUGAUCUGGCCAGGCCUAUGGCCAGAGCACUGGCCUGGGAGUCAGGAGAUCACAUUUUAAGGCCUGGCUCUGAGUCUCCCUGUAUGACCUUGGGCCUGUCAUUUCUCAUUGACCCUUGGUUUUCACAUCUGUGACAUGGGGGAAGAUGGCUCUGGCCCUGCCUAAUCCCAGAGCUUUGUUCAGGAUGAAUGGGACCAGGAAGGAGGAGGUCACAGUGGGGUGGGGAUCCCCACCCUGGCCCUAUUACCUCUACCUGUCUUUUGGGGGCUGGGUAUUGGCCAGCCUCCACUGGAAACACCUGAUGGGCCCUGCUCCCUUCCUCUGGGAGAGAGUCAGCCCUGGCCAGGGGUCCUCAGCCCAGUGCUUAGAGACCCACUCACUGAGACUUCACCAACCUAUGCCUGAGGCCUCUUUUCCUUUAGCUCCCAACUUAUGGUGACUUUGACUCCAAGCCUACCUUUCCCAAAGAUUGGGAAGUCCCAUCCUUCCCAGAGGGUCCUCCUCCAGGGCUCCUAAGACCCACAUAGGACCCCCAUAUAGACCAGAGACUGGGUCAAUACAGCUUUCUGGAGGUAGAAGCAGGGCACCUCUUUCCCCUCCAUCUGAGCUCCAGUCACCCUGAUAUUUGAUGACUGGGCAGGAAUGAAUUUCCUCUGGUAGGCAGGCAUGAGGGUGUGGGUUCUAAAUCCCACGCUCAGGUCACAGUUGUAGAGAAUCACCAUUGUGCUUGACCUGUCCUGUCUGACCAAGCCAGGGACUGCCCAUGAAGCCAACGCCUUUCCAAGGGUGCACACCAGGGGGCGCUGUUGGCACAUGCUCAGAAGCCCUUGGCUCCAAAACCAUGCCUGGAGAGGCUGUGGUCGCCUGUCUGUGGACAUGACACACCAGAUGGAGAGGCCCUCCCUGCCUCCAGGACUGCACUUGUGGAGUGACUGGCAGGAGGAAUGCUAGCACCAUCUAUGCAGCCAUUUCUCUUUUCCAAAGCAGCUGCCCGCUGUAGCUCUUGGAGUCUUGUGCUCUGGCAGACCAGGAACUAGAGUGGUGGGCUGGGGUAGGCUCCCAGGGCCCCACUCCAGGCCAUCAGACAGAUUUUAAUGACUUUGAAUGUCACAGAGAGGGAAUUGGAGCCGGAUCCCUUUUCUCCCUGGGGAUCUCCCUCUGCCCUUUGCUCAUUUCUUGAUGUAAAUAGCCCUUGUGGAGAGUGGUGCAGGCUCUGGGAGCCAGACUGCCUGGGCUCAAAUGCCAGCGUUGUCAUUUGUCAGCUGUGUGACUGUGGACAAGCCACUCCACCUCGCUGUUCUUCAGUUUUCCUAUCUGUAAAAUAGGGGUAAUAGUAGUACCUAUUUUGUAUUUAAAUAAAAUAAUCCAUAGAAAGAUGCUUA